GGCAGCCCUCGGAGGUUCCAGUUUGCCAAAGGGCGCAAUUUGACUUUUGGCGUGGGGAAGCCUUGGGAAGCGGUCCCGUGCCGCGGGUCGGGGUUUGGGUAAAUGGUAACCGGGCGGUGUGUGGGGGUGUGUGUGUGUGUGUAGAGACCUUUUUCUUCCCCCUUGGAGAAACUUUAGCGACGGAAGAGUAGAUAAGCUUUGGGUGAAGUAGACGAAGGAGUAGAUAAACUUUGGGAUGACCUAGACGGGAAGAAUAGGUAAGCUUUGGGGUGAAGUUUGGUGCAGGUUGAAUUUAGGGGAGAGUCGCUUAGAAGGUCAAGGCCCUGACCUCGGAAUAGGGUUUGGGUGAAUUGGGCAGCUGGUUGAAGACCUGAUCUCAGGUUACAAAAAAUUAGGACUUGGGAUUUGGUGAUGGGAAGGGGUACGUGGGGCAAGUUUGGGGUAACUGGGUGUCAGAGCGGUCCGUGUCCCACGGUGGCGCUCGGGUAUGCGGGCAGAGGUUUGAGGACUGUGGGAGAGUUGUGGUGGGGUGGGGUCAGGAGCCCCCCCCCGAAGUUCAGAGGGAUCUUGGCGGGUGAGCCAGUCCCUUAUGGGUUCUUUGUGCCUCUCCAGCUCGGUAGCUCAGCGGGCAAGGCAGGUGCCAUGGCCCUGAUCGAAGGGGUGGGUGAUGAGGUGACCAUCCUUUUCGCGGUGCUUGCCUGCCUUCUGGUGCUGGCUCUCGCCUGGGUCUCAACACACACUGCCGAGGGCGCUGAUCCACUGCCCCAGCCGUCAGGGACCCCAACACCGACACAGCCCAGCGAAGCCAUGGCGGUCACCGACAGCAUCAGAGGGGAGGCCCCAGGAGCUGAGACCCCCAGCCUGAGACACAGAGGUCAGGCUGCACAGCCAGAACCUGGCGUGGGGCUCCCAGCAACACCGCCACCUCCAGACUCCCCCCAGGAGCCCCUAGUACUUCGGCUGAAAUUCCUCAACGAUUCAGAGCAGGUGGCCAGGGCCUGGCCCCAUGACACAAUUGGCUCCCUGAAAAGGACCCAAUUUCCUGGCCGGGAACAGCACGUGCGACUCAUCUACCAAGGGCAACUGUUAGGAGACGACACCCAGACCCUGGGCAGCCUUCACCUCCCUCCCAACUGUGUUCUCCACUGCCACGUGUCCACUCGGGUGGGUCCCUCACACCCACCGUGCCCACCGGGGUCAGAGCCAGGCCCCUCCGGGCUGGAAGUAGGCAGCCUGCUGCUGCCCCUGCUGCUGCUUCUGCUGCUGCUGCUCUGGUACUGCCAGAUCCAGUACCGGCCCUUCUUUCCCCUGACCGCCACUCUGGGUCUGGCCGGCUUCACCCUGCUCCUCAGUCUCCUGGCCUUUGCCAUGUACCGCCCGUAGUGCCUCCACGGGCUCUUGGCAGUGUUGCUAGCCCCUCCGGACCUUGCUCCCCACGACACGGUGGGAGUUGCUGUCUGCCCAGGCCUGCCUCUCCGACCUGCCUCUUUCCACUACCCUGGAGCCCAGCCCUGCGCCGCAGAGCACUCCAGGGGCCAGCGGAGGCCCCUCCCUGUGACCUCCACGGCUCUGGGCCGCCCCCCGGGGCAGCUGGCCCUCAGCACCCACAAACAGUCGGCUCCUCCGGGUCAGACAGCUGCUGUCGCUGCCUUGGCCCUGGGCAGAGCCGGGCCACGCCCCUGGGCCCUUCUUAGUGUUCUGCCUGAGAAUCCAGCCACCUCUAGUCCCUGACAGCUCCUUGGGCUGAUUUAGGGACUCAAAGACUGAGGGGCUGGAG